GACUUUGUGCGUUCAAUGUUCUGCAUUAUGAAGAGUGAUUUUAUUAUAAUUUGUCAAUUAAUUUAAAAUCCCAAGUAUCAACUGAUUCUUAAAUGUAAAUCUGCAGGUUUGAAUUUUCCAUCGCCUGAUCGUUGUGGCAUUGAAUACUGAUUAAAACAACUAUGUAAAAUAUAUCAACAUCAUCAUUAAGACUAAUUUGAAACACAUAGUAUUAGUUGGAAGAAUUUUUUUUUUUUUUCACGAAUGCAAAGUGAUUUAAAACACAGUAAAACUGACGUGAUACUUCCUAUUUCAACGGUAAAAUUAUGGGGCUUGCCAAUUUUGUUCUGGAGUUCGCUGCUGCGGCGAUUGCAAUCACUUUAGCUGCGUGCGUCUAUUUAAAGUAUGUGACCUUCAACUACUGGAGUUGGAAAAACGUUGAUUACGUCAAACCGGUUGUGCCUAUUGGCAACAUGGGACCGGUCUUUGCCGGGAAACGCUCAUUUGGUGAAGUGAUCCGCGACUCUUACUUGGACUUGAAGAAUAGCCGAAUUUUUGGCAUCUUCAUGUUCCAUCAGCCGGUUCUUGUUGUUGCGGAUCCGGACUUGAUUCGCGUGGUCCUCACAAAAGAAUUCGCGCAUUUCCACGACCGUGGUAUAUACUGCAAUGAAGAGUCCGAUCCGUUAUCGGGUCACCUCUUCUCGAUUGCCGGCAGCAAGUGGAGAUUCUUGAGGAACAAGUUGUCCCCCGUUUUUACCGCGAGCAAAAUGAAACAGAUAUUCUUCACCAUCAAGGAAAUCUCCGAAACCCUGACUCAGCGCGUUGCAAAAGACGCCGAGAACUCAGAGCUCAUCGAGGUCAAAGAACUCAUGGCAAGGUUCUCCACCGAUGUGAUCGCCUCGGUCGCUUUUGACAUAAAAUGCAACAGCCUUGAGAAUAAAGAGGCAGAAUUCCGGACGAUGGGUCGCAAGGUCUUCGAGCGACGAAUACUAGUUAACGUGCUCGCGAUCAUCUGUCCAUAUGUUUUGCACCUGUUGAAAAUUUCAGUCUUUGGGAAGGAGGCCCCGAAAUUCUUCAUCGAUGUUUUCGAACAGGCAGUAAAGUACAGACGAGACAAUAAAGUUGUCCGGAAUGACUUUCUGGACGUUGUUAUCCAGCUCAUGAACAAAGGCUACAUCGCCAAUGACAAUGAUGAGACUUCACCUCCCUUGGCAGCGUCUGAGGCUUCUUACCCUGAAGAAGAUGUCGAGAAUCGGAAAAUCACGAUGCUAGAGGGAGCAGCACAGGCCUUUGUCUUCUGGAUCGGCGGCUUCGACACGUCGUCAUCGACGGUGACCUUCUGCCUCUACGAGUUGGCGUUGCACCAGGUGUUGCAGGACAAAGUGGCGGAAGAGGUGAACAGAGUUUCGAAAGAAUUCGGGGAACUGUCAUACGAGAGCAUCAGGGCGAUGGUCUAUCUUCACAAAGUCGUCUCUGAGACUCUGAGGAAGUAUCCGGUCGUUCCGAUUCUGAACCGACUGUGCAAUGCAGAUUUUGAGUUUCUGGGAACUGGCCUCCGCGUCGAGAAGAAGACCCCAAUUAUCAUUCCGGUUCUCGGACUCCAUUGGGAUCCCGAACUUUAUCCGGAACCGGAGAACUUCGACCCGGAACGCUUCGACGCGGCGAACAUCGCCCGCAGGCAUCAGUACGCCUACUUGCCGUUUGGGGACGGGCCGAGGAGCUGCAUCGGCAUGAGAUUCGGACUGCUCCAAACAAAAGUUGGCCUUGUCAGCUUACUGUCCAAGUACCGCUUCACUCCUGGACCAGGUCUUCAGAUACCUCUGGUGAUGGACAACGCCAGCUUUGUCCAGGUUCCAGUAAACGGAGUAAAGCUCCGUGUCGAAAUGCGAAGUUCAUAAUCAGUCUGAAACUCGGACACCUUCACUCGUGCCUCAGCCGUCCGUCAGGAGAUCGAUGAGAAGAAUGAGAGGGUGACAGGAGGCAUAAAAUAAGGUAUAAAAAGGGGCUGCAGAGGUGCAAAAGCUAAUUCCCGGAUGACAGAUUGACUCCAGAACGUGACAGUACGUGUAACGCCUACAUACGUAUGUAUAUGGGGCAGUCCAUAUGAAACCGACUGACCCUUGACCCGCUCAUUUCGUAUUUUGAUGUUUUUUUUUUUUUGUAUUUCCUUGUACCUACUGAAAUCAUUCUUUCAAAAUUUCUUGAGAUUUUUGUCACAACUCGUCCAAACACAAUAAAUUAUUCAAAAUUUCACAAAAGUUCGCACAAAUUUUUUUUUUUCAAUACUCAUAGCUUUUUCAAAAACAGAUAUCAAUAUGAAAUGCUAUGUCUUUUUUUCGUUUCCAGUUGCAGUUCCCUAAGGAAAAUACGAAAAAAGAAAUCGAAAUUCAUUUACAUAUAUUUUCUUCGGUUUUAAACCCAAAAUACUUUUUUUCAAAACUUGGAUCCGUUUUAUUUUUUUGAAAACAAUGGCUCCACGCGCUGUAACGAAUAGAAAUAAAAUACAAGUUAUGAAUAUCACAAGCUUCCAAUUUUUCGGUACUUGUACAAAUAUUUCUUGAAAAAUGGUGAAGUUUUUCCAAAAAGCCAAAAUAAUACAAAUGUUGAAACAAAAAAACCUAGGUUUAAAACUAAAGAAGACCUGAGAAUGAAUAUCUAUUUUUUUUUUCUUAUUUUCUUUAUGGAACUACAACUCAAAACGAAAAAAAAAGACACAGCAUUUUAAAUCGAUAUCUGUGUUUGAAAAAGCUACGUGUAUUAAAAAAAAAUUAAAAAUUGAGCUUUUGUAAAAUUUUGAAAAAUUUAUUGUCUCUGGAAGCAUUGAGUGAAAAGUCUAAAAAAAUUCCGAAAGACUGUUUUCAAUAGGUACAAUAUAAUAAAAAAAUUUCAGCAAAGUCUAAAAUGGUCGGGCUCACGGGUUGGUCGGUUUUGUAUGGACUGCCAUCGUAUGUGAACAUAUGCAACAUGUUAACGUUGGCUUUAAGUAACCUAACGAAGUUGAAAUGCUCACAAUGAGGUUGAUUCAAAAUGUCAGCUUUCUUCCUCCGCAGCCUUAAAUCCAGGCUUAUAACGAACCAAGGAGUGUUUCGCUGAAGCAAGAAUUUUAUACAGUAAUUACGAGAGAUUAUAAAAAAAAAAAACCGGUGUAAACAAUAGAAAAAAUAUAAAACAACCAAUCUAUUUAUGCAUAAAUGUUUGAGCGAGCCAGUUAUUGACAAGCUAGAAAAAACAAAAAAUACCAAGUCAAUUCGGCAUUAAAAUUUUUAUCGUGAACGUAAAAUAAGGGUUUUUUUUCUUGUAACGAAAACUAUACUUCAAUUUGAUUGAUUUUCAAAGCACGCAGCCUUGUUUAAUUGAUGCCAGUUACGAAUAACGUUCUCGAGAUAUUUUCAACUGGGUCUUUUCGUAUGGAAAGCCAGGGUGAGAACCGUGUGUUUGCAGUAUUCCAAUCCCGCUUAGCCCUGUUUUAUGUUUUUAAUUUUCUUCCACGUCCUAUUUAGCGAGGACGUUCUACGGCCAAACGACCAGACGCCAGUACAGUAAACCUAAUUGUCACGCUCACUCUCUUCCCAUACUGCCGGGAUUUAAUUAUUCAUCACCGGUGAAGAUUACAUUUUUGCUGCAAACGAGCAUGCACACCUCAUUUUAAUUUUUCAUCACUCUAACGAAACUGCCGCUCGUAGCUUAAACAACUUUUUCUAUAAACGUAUGACAACGGGAAUAAAAUUUUUUAUUGCGAUUAUUUCGACGUUAUUUACUGUAAACAUUUUCUUUGCAAGGGUUUCUCAAAAAUAAAUCGUACUACAUCGUAGAAGAAAAAUUUUGUAUUUAUUGUUACAUCGAAAUUAUUAACAUUAUCGCACAAAAAAGUCAAUUUUCGGUCUAAGUUAGGAUUUGGCAUAUAAUGCUCCAAAUACUUGUUUGAUCAAAACAAACGGCGAAAAAUUAAGAUUUAUUACCUGUUAAGAGAGGAAAACAAGAAAAAAGAAGCGUGACAGAACUGAGCAACGUUCUGCAUCAGUUUACCUGCAACGAAUAAAUUCUUUCGUUGAAUUGUGUCGCAGCGAAGACAAUGCAAUGCCGAAGAACCGAAUUAAAAGUUCCCUUUCACGAUUCAGAGGUGAUUUAUUUUCAUUCUGGGCGCUGUCUUUAUUCUUCGAUUAUUAAUUUCAACUGUGGAUAUAAAAACGAUUGCUAUUAAGCAAGGGCAAACAGUAUGAAGACGAUAUAGACAUUAGAUAUUAGACAAGACCAGCAUUGUCCAAAAUGCAAACUUUCCUUGUUACAGCAAUGUGCAGUGCGUUUGCUAUCAGCUCUCCCGCAUUUUCAAACUGUUUCAUAUCUCUCGGAAAUUGCUGGCAUGUAUCACAUGCAAGAGACACAAUUUGUAAUUUCCAUCGCAUAGCCGGAAAACGCGAUUAAAGUGGACUGAAAAUGAGGGAGAAAAAUUUUCGAUAACGUAAAAAUUGGCUACAGUACAAAGUUAUUAAGAAAUUUGACCGGAAAUCGUUAUUUCUACUAUGAUGCAUCACAUUAUAAUUUGAAAUGUCUAUGAUUUUUGUCUUUUUAUCAGUUUUUUGCCUCAGUGAAUCAAUUGCUAUCUAUAUUUUCGUUACAUUACUCUAAGCCAGGAAACUUAAGAGUUUCGUAAAUAUUGUUCAUGAACAUAAUUAUUCCUAUCGAAUAUAGUUUCAUGAAGAAUUAUAUAAAAACUAUAUCAAAUACAUGAAUCCGCAAUUU